AUGGAACCCGAUAAACGGAAAUUUGUUUCUGAUGAGGAAGAUCAACUAGCUUCCUCUAAGAGGAGGGUUAUUGGCCCUGCAUUACCCCCAGCAGCGCAGUCCCCCGAAUCCAAGGCCUCAUCUGCCGAGAGUGAAACGGAUAGUGAUGAUGAUUUCGGACCCAGCAUGCCACCUCCCCACGGUGUCUCCGGGCAACAGAUACAACCACCACUAUCUGAUUCGAGCUCAGCCCCAUCUGAUGAAAAGAAGGAGAGUCAGCGAGAUCAGUGGAUGCUACAUCCGCCUGAGCAGAGCGAUUGGGCCUCCAAAAUCGAUCCCACGCAAUUGCGAAAUCGAAAGUUUCAAACCGGAAAGUCUGCCCGCACAUCAGCCACUAAGCAGGUUGAUUCUUCCUGGGUGGAAACUCCCGAGGAGAGAAUGCGACGGCUUGGAGACGAGGUGAUGGGCGUGGGGACCCAUUCUAGAAGUCCAAGCAAACCAUCCUCUAACUCUGAGGCGCGCCGAGCUCAGGCCAUGGAAGAGCAAAUCAAAAGAUUUAAUGGCCAAACUAAGAAAGCCACCCGUAUAGAAAAACCAGAUCAUGAGCGUAAGGAGGUAGAGGAUGACCCAUCUUCGCGGGUUUUCGAUCGGGAAAAGGACAUGGGGAUAUCAUCCAAGAUCUCUAGUGCACAACGCCGAGAGAUGGUGAAUCGAGCCAGCGACUAUAGCUCGCGUUUUAGCAAGGGGAGUUUUCUCUAG